AUGCCCACCAAGACCCCAACCCAGUCCGAUUUCCCAUCCCACCUUACCGUCACCAUCACCCUCCCACCAAACCCCACAUCCAGCCCCUCCCCAAAUAUCCUGCUCCUACUCCACGGCCUUGGCGACACAGCUGCAGGUUUCACACCCUUCGGCCGAGCCCUCCACCUCCCCGAAACAACAAUCCUCACCGUCCAGGCCCCCGCCCCAGUCCCCUUUGACCUAGGCGGAUUCCACUGGGGUGACGAUGUCGCCUUCGACAGCUCCACCGGCGGCCUAGACAUGGACGCCGGCUUCACGAAGAGCCCAGCCACACUCAUCAAGGACCUCGUGCGGGGCGUUCUAGUCCGGAAAUGCGGCUACCGGCCGCGCGAGAUCUUGGUGCUUGGAUUUGGACAGGGCGGGAUGGCUGGGCUGAGUCUUGCGUGGGAGCUUGGGAGGACCGGGGAGGGAGUGGAGGCCGAGCCAUUGGCGGGUGUGAUUUCGAUCGGGGCGCCAUAUCCGCUUUCUGGAUCAAGGGCUGGAUCGAAGAAUCGUACGCCUGUGUUGCUGGUUGCUGGGCGAGAUUCAAUUGUUGUUUCGGACGAGGCGGUGCGUAGGACUAAGCAGGUCUUUGAGUUUGUGGAGGUUAGUCGGUAUGCACGGAAAGGGGAUGGGAUGCCGUCUAACCGGGAUGAGAUGUUGCCUGUUAUGCAGUUCUUUGCUAGGCGGUUGAGGAGUAGGCAGGGUGUUCCUGAGGGAAGUGUGGAGCUUGGUUGA